AUGAGCUCUCCAAAAAGAGGUUGCAGUGAUAAUUUAAAUAAAUUAGCUAUAGCCAAUAAUUAUCUAGGGCUCAAGCUUUACCAUAAUCUAGUCAAAGGAAGCUCUGGAAAUGUGUUUUUCUCUCCUCUUAGCAUAUCUACCGCUUUCGGUAUACUUUACGCUGGAGCCAAAGGAAACACGGCAAAGCAACUCAGAUCUGUGUUAGGAUACGAUUCAGCUCAUCUAAAAAGCAGCGAGGUUCCUUUAGCCUUCAACCGAUUCCUCAACAUAGUUAUACCCGAAAACCAAUCACCCAAUCCAGAAUACAUCUUGAGUCUUGCGAAUGAAUUGCUGUUAGCAGAAAACUUCAAUGUAAAUCCCAACUACAAAGAACAAGUACAAAAUCUUUUCCGCGCAUACAUCGAAGAAGUUGAUUUUGAGAAUAAUUCUGCUCAAAUUGUGGAACAAAUAAAUAAUUUCGUAGAGGAGGAGACCCAUGGAAAAAUCAAACAGCUCAUAAGUGGUUUGAGUAAAUCCACG